AGACAAAAGCGGCGCGCGCGCGCCUGAAAAAGCCGCGUUCUGGGAAUUCCACUCUGGAACAGAGCAGUCGGCGGGACGCGCUUGAAAUUAUGAAUUGCCUGAUGAUACCGGGUGCGCGACCAGAAUCCCCGCACAAGGCCCGCGGCCAGAUACAGGUCAUAUUUGGACCCAUGUUUUCUGGAAAAAGCACUGAACUAAUGCGCCGAGUCCGUCGAUUUCAAAUUGCACAGUAUAAAUGUCUACUAGUCAAGUAUGCUAAAGACACACGCUAUUGCAUCAAUGGAGUCUCCACACAUGACAGAUACACCAUGGAGGCCAUGUCAGCUUGUUACCUCAAAGAUGUACAGCAGGAGGCUCUCACUUCCACUGUGAUUGGCAUUGAUGAAGGCCAGUUUUUUCCAGAUAUAGUUGAAUUUUGUGAGACAAUGGCCAAUGCAGGGAAGACUGUCAUUGUGGCAGCACUUGAUGGAACGUUUCAGCGGAAGGCUUUUGGGAACAUCUUACAGCUAGUCCCCUUAGCAGAGAGUGUGGUGAAACUAAACGCUGUUUGUAUGGAGUGUUAUCAUGAAGCCUCUUAUACAAAAAGGCUGGGGACAGAGAAAGAGGUGGAAGUAAUAGGAGGGGCAGACAAAUAUCACUCAGUCUGCCGGGUCUGCUAUUUCAAGAACCAACAACAGUUGGUAUCUGAAAACAAAGAGAACCUACCAGGUGGGAAUAAACAGCUGGAUAUUAAUGUCUCCAGAAAAGUCUUGGCUACCCAUCAGAUCACGCAAUGGAGUCCAUCUAAUUGAACAAAGGAAGCAAGAGAUCCAAUUCCUGGAUGGAUUUAAGAGAAAUCCUUUUCUGCCCUUCCUUCUAGCUUUUUGUUGUUAAAUCAAUGUUCCUCCAAUACAUCAGAAAGAGUUGUUUUUAUGAGGAGCAACAAGGCUUGAAGACAUUAUAACAUGCUAUGAAUGUGGAUAUUCUAUGCUAAGAACUGCAGACUGAUGCAGUGGUUCCUUAGUCUCUAGAGGGAAGAUUUUGUAAUGUCGUUAGUGGCAUUUCCGUUUGCACAAAACUUCCCCAAACAGUUUAAUUCAGAGUUUAAACGGCCGCAAUAGCUAAAGUAGGCAACAUUUACUAACGGCAGGCUGCACUAUGAAACUGGAAUGUUAUUCUCCAAAUCCAUGAAAUCGGUUUUUGUGGGGGGAGGGGGAAUCCGUACUCUAUUCAGUAGGUAGUUUGUUGACAAUGAAGCAGGCUGUUGGGCUUUAAAGACUGAAUAUGCUAACUGAACAAAAUACACCUUUAUUUGGUACUGUAUCUGCCGGUAUUGAAACAUCUGGGAUAUACAAGGUAGUUGUUGAGGCUUGCUAACUUAAAGAACAAUCGCAAGGGUUGGAGAAAGUGUAUGAGGCCUUUAAUUACUGCCUAAUCUUUCUGUAUGGAGACUUGACACAUUGCAUUAUUAGUUUAAAUCUAUUUUAUUCUACAACUUUUGCUUUCCUAAUUUAUUAAACUGGCUACUAAUAUAUCAGUCAUUGUUUAUAUAAUAUAUUCCUGCCUUAUGUACUUUCUAGUAUACUGUGUAGCAUUUUGGUUUUACUGCUGUGAUGAAUAUCAGCACUUCCCCUAUUUGAGAAAAUGUAACCUUUUGCACUGAAAAUACGUCCUCAAGAGUACUUUGCUUCUGUUCUCUUAGGAGCAGAAGGGGUACUGUCUUCUGCAAUGGUAACUGAAGUGUUGAUUUUAAUUAAUGAUGUACUGAAUAAAUAAAAUUAAUAUCACUUUAAGUUUUAUGUGUAAGGUCUUAGUAUCAGAUAGCUAUGCAGCUAACCUUAAAGAAUAUUUAAGUUCAGCAUGACAAGAUCCUCACUACUGACUUAAAAUGUCUUGUAGAGUUAUCCAACCACUUUGUGUUGAUAUAACAGGCAUUACAUUGCCCUAAUAAUAAUUAAGUGAUGCUCUAAGUCACUAGUGGGGAAAUGGCUAUAUGUAUGGCAUUCAGUGAGGAGGAAUUAAAACUGAAAGUACUAAGACUGUUUUCCCUGGGAAGCUUAAAAAUAAUAACUGCCAGUAAUCUUACCCUAGCUAUUCUUAAACAGUACAGAUGGUCUUCACAUAAAAGCUACAUAAGGAAUAUAAACCCAAGCAGUGAGCUACUGGAAGGUUCUUUCAGACAAAAAACAGCUCAGGCAAUAAAGGUUAACCUAAAAGGGCUCAUGCUGUUUAAAAACUCCACUGCUGUUUUUCUACAGACAAUAUACUCUUGCCCAGCUAUUAAUCCCUCUGAAUUAAAGUAUUUGUCCUCUCCCCUAAAAUUAUAGGAUACAGCAAAAUCCAUCAUACA